AUGGCAUCAGAGCAGCGGCUGGCUGGUACGCUGCGGGUGUACUUCGAAGACAACACGUUCAGGACGUUGCCGCUGAAGCCAGAAUCCACUGUUCAGGAUGUGAUCGAGUCGCUGUGCAAGCGGCGGGCCUCCAAUGGCAGAGAAGCAGAUCCCGAAAGGCAUGAGCUCCUCCUGAAAGCCCCGGGCCCGGGGCGCACGAAGCUCAGAGAGCGGCUUCUGCAGCGUGAGGAGCGGCCCCUUCAGAUCCAGGAGAAGGGCGGCCAAAGUGCCUUUAAGUUCCUGUUCCGCGAAAUUCGGCAAACAGGACAUGACACCCUGAAUGUUGAAGAUGAGCUCACGCUGCCGCUUGCCAACAAGGACGGGCGGCUGCGAACUGGAUCUUUGGAGCUCGACUGCGACGGGGCCUGGCAGCGCUGCACGGUAGCCCUGGACGGUGAAAGCCUCUGGCACUCGCAGGUCUUCCAGGAUGACGGUGCUGCACUUGGUGGUGGCAUGGCCCGCAUGCCCCUUCGAUCUGCCGUGGGUGUGGUGCAGGGCGAGGACGAGGAGGAGAGGGUGUUCCAGCUCUUGACCCGAGAUGGUACACUGACGUGGCGAGCCAGGAGCACGAAAGCGCGCAACGGCUGGCUGGAGGAGCUCUCGGCUCGACUCAAGCAGGUCCAGGAUGUAGAGCUUCUGACCAAAGCGGAGAAUCUCAUCUGCGAAGUCGAGGCGCGGCGUUGUGAUGAGAACCUUUCCAAGUUGGAAGCAUUCGACACAGUCGAGGGCCUCUUAGCCGGUGGGGAAGCUCGCGACCUCUUCCUGUGGUUUCUACGGGCUCAGCUUGAGCAGUUUCCCAGCAUCACCGAUGAGUCUCUGCGGUCACUGGCUGCCGAGCCUUCCUCGGAAGCGGUUCAUUUCGCGGAGGAGAUGCUGCCGAGGUUCAAAGAGCACCCGGGCAUCCAGAGUCGGCUCUGCCGAAUUGCAGCGGGAGUUCCCGGAAAUAUCUGCUGGGCAUUGCAGGAGUCUACUUACUUUCAAUGCCAGUGUCGCUGA